GAGGCGCCGGGCCCGCGCACUCGGAGCUCGCUCGGACGGAGCUGCCGCGCUUGGUGCCUAGGGUGAGGGGCCGGGCCAGGCCACGGGGCUCCCAGAAACAGCAUGUAUGAUUGGAUGUGUCACAAAUGUGUGAUUUCAGAAGAGGCUUGAUUGCUGGGACAGUCAGCUGGUGUCCCAGAAGAUGAAGUGCAACUGUCUCUCCCAAGUCCUCAGCAGAUUCUUUAGCUGCUGAUGAUGAAAAUUCUGUCACAUAUCGAUUACAAAGGAUCCAGGACAGAAGCAGGUCUUCACUGGAAUUAGUUUUUAGCUACUUAUGAAGGUCCUGAUUUUAAGCUGGCGCUAUUGCAAUGAAGAAAAGGAGAAGGAUCACUGCAAAUCUGAAUGAGAAAAUACAUCUUGGCCCUGAGAGAGAUGCUUCGGAUCAGAUCCUUGUAGUAGACUGUGAACAAGAAGUCAUCACUAAGUCUGAAUUGGCGUCUACAGACCAGCUUGAAUGCACUGAAGAAGUUCCUCAAUCACCAGAACAAAGAAAGCUCUUCAGCUCGCUGCAGUAUAACAAAAAUCUCCUUAAAUAUUUAAAUGAUGAUAGACAGAAGCAUCCAUCUUUCUGUGACUUGCUCAUAAUAGUAGAAGGAAAAGAAUUUAGUGCUCACAAAGUUGUUGUUGCUGUUGGCAGCAGUUAUUUUCAUGCUUGUUUGAGCAAAAACCCCAGCACAGAUGUUGUCACACUGGACCAUGUAACACAUUCUGUCUUUCAACACUUGCUAGAAUUUCUGUACACCUCUGAGUUCUUUGUAUAUAAAAAUGAAAUCCCUUUAGUUUUGGAAGCAGCAAAAUUUUUAGAUAUUAUAGAUGCAGUCAAACUGCUGAAUAAUGAGGAUGUUACCCCCAUACAGUCUGAAGUAAUAACUGAAGCCCCAAUACCAGCUGAGACUCUCAAUGACUUGACUAGUAAGCUAUCAAAUAGUCAUCUGUGCACUUUUUGUGGUCGAAAUUUCUGUUAUAAAAAGUCCUUAGAAAACCACUUGGCUAAAGCGCACCGAUCCUUUUCCUUGGAAAAAAAACAUGGGUUAAAAAUGGUUGAGAGAGCAGACUUUUCUACCAGAAGAUCUACCAGAAAUCGUAAAUGCCCAGCCAAAUUUGAUAACAGUGAUAAUGAAAGUGGUGAUGUAUCUGACAGCAAUUUUGAUAAAGUCAGUUCUGACAAAGAAACAUCUGAUAAAAAUGAGUUUGAUGAUAGUGGAAGUGAGUACAAUGUAGAUGAAGCACAGGAAGAAGAAAUGUCAGGUGAAGACUCUGAGGCUGAAGAGCAAAGUGAAAAAGAACAUGGAGCUGAAGAGAGUCCUGAGACAGUUGAUUCUGUAGGAAGUAUUCCUGAAGGGUUAGCUCCAGUAAUGAUUCAGAGCAGUAGUAAAAAACUACUUCAGUGUCCCAAGUGUGACAAAACAUUCGAUCGAACAGGCAAAUAUGAGAGUCACACACGUGUGCACACGGGUGAAAAGCCCUUUGAGUGUGAUAUUUGUCAUCAGCACUACUCAACAAAAUCCAACUUGACAGUUCACAGAAAGAAACACAACAGUAAUACAGAAUUUCAUAAAAAGGAACACAAAUGUCCAUACUGUAAUAAACUGCAUGCAAGCAAGAAGACCCUAGCAAAACAUGUCAAGAGGUUUCAUCCAGAGAAUAUACAAGAAUUUCUUUCUAUCAAAAAGACGAAGAGUGAAGGCUGGAAAUGCGAUAUUUGUAAGAAAUCUUUUGCUCGAAGACUCCAUUUAGAAGAACAUAUGAUUCUUCACUCGCAGGAUAAACCUUUCAAGUGUACCUAUUGCGAAGAGCACUUUAAAUCCCGAUUUGCAAGAUUGAAGCAUCAAGAGAAAUUCCAUCUCGGACCUUUCCCAUGUGAUAUUUGUGGUCGUGAAUUUAAUGACACAGGAAAUCUGAAACGUCAUAUAGAAUGUACUCAUGGAGGAAAGAGAAAAUGGACAUGUUUUAUCUGUGGAAAGUCAGUAAGAGAAAGAACAACUUUGAAAGAACAUCUGAGAAUUCACAGUGGAGAGAAACCUCAUCUUUGUAGUAUUUGUGGGCAGAGUUUUCGUCAUGGAAGUUCCUACAGACUUCAUCUAAGAGUCCACCAUGAUGACAAGAGGUAUGAAUGUGAAGAAUGUGGGAAAACAUUUAUCCGGCAUGACCACCUAACAAAACACAAAAAAAUACACUCAGGUGAAAAAGCGCAUCAGUGUGAGGAGUGUGGAAAAUGUUUUGGCCGUAGAGACCACCUCACUGUACAUUAUAAAAGUGUUCAUCUAGGAGAGAAAGUAUGGCAAAAAUAUAAAGCAACGUUUCAUCAGUGUGAAGUUUGUAAGAAAAUUUUUAAAGGAAAAUCAAGUCUGGAAAUGCAUUUCAGGACACAUUCAGGUGAGAAACCAUACAAAUGUCAGAUUUGCAAUCAGUCCUUUAGAAUUAAGAAGACAUUAACAAAACACAUGGUUAUUCAUUCAGAUGCUCGACCUUUUAAUUGCCAACACUGCAAUGCAACAUUUAAACGAAAAGACAAAUUGAAAUACCAUAUUGAUCAUGUGCAUGGAACAAAGGGUGCAGAAGAAACACUGACUACUACUUCUGAGGAAAAGCUUGUUUCUUUGCCAGUACAGUACCCACCUGAUGAAAAGGUUUAUGAAACUGAGGCUAAACAGUACAUUGAACAGCCCAAAGUAUACCAAACAGAAGCCAAAACUAUGCUACAGAAUGUAUCUGCAGAAGUAUGUGUGCCAGUCACACUGGUUCCAGUUCCAAUGCCUGAACCUCAAGGUGACUUGGUACAGCAUACUGCUACUCUUGCAUCCCAGUCACAUGGAAUUCUUCCUCCACAGACUCAACAGUCAGAUUAUCAACGAGCAACAGAUUUGGCAUUUCUUGAGAAAUACACUCUUACUCCCCAGCCUGCAAACAUAGUUCAUCCUGUCAGACCUGAGCAGAUGUUGGAUCCUAGAGAUCAGUCAUACCUUGGAACUUUAUUGGGGCUUGAUACAGCUCCAACUGUACAGAAUAUUUCGAAUGAACAUUCGUGAUCAGACCAUAACAUUCCACCUACUUACUAAGCUGUUAGCAACUGGAAAUUUUGUAUUUUAUUUGGUCUCCUGAGUCUUUUAAAUAGUUUUCUUAAAUGCAAAGAAAAACAGAUAUGUUUGCAUAAUAUUAGACAUUUAGAUAUGCUUUGCAUUUGAAAAUGCAUUUCUUGUGGUUUUAUUUUUUUUUAAAUCAUGGAGAUGACCUUUUUUUUUAAAAUGGGCUAUCAAGUACCUUUUAAAGAUGUUAAGUACAAAAAAAUUUAAUUGCAUAUCUGUUCAAUAACAAUAACCAAUCACCUAUCAGCAUCUUUCUUUCCAGAUAAACCUUUUUGUAUAUGUUGGAAAGCUUAGAGGUUAAAGAUUAUUUUCCUAAUUGGAGAAAAGCAUGAAGCCAAAAUGUUUUAAUAAUCCCACAGCAUAAACUAAAAUUUAACUUCAGCUGAAAGAAACCUUGGCUUCAUUUAGUUGCUGUAAUUUUUUGUAUCUGAAUACUGAAUUUAGAAAUAUGGGACUUUAAGCAUGUUGUUUUUGUUUAUUCUUUAAACAGGUCAAUCAUUCAGAAUUUUAAGCACAGUUUCUUUCUUGCUGCUUUAAUCUUGGCUCAUUCUGUUAAAAUGGUAUUAUUAAAGUUCAGGAUAUGGGAUUUAUAAGAUUGAGGGACAUAGUGCACAAGAUCAUUGAGGCCAGAAUCAAAAAGAGCUGAAGGUCUAAUUGACAUGCUUAUUUCCACAUUGCUACAAUGUAAAGUAUUUAAAAGGCUCUUCAGAGUAUAUUUUAAUAUAAUUAAUGAAAUUCGUAAUUAUAAAUGUCAGUUAGCUCAUAAGAAAGUAGUUUUGGUUUUGUAUUUUCUAUAUUUAUAUAUUCCCUAGGUGUUAAUUAAAAGAAUUAGGAGGAAUUAGUUUAAAACAUUCAGUGGAUUCAAUAAUUUUCAUGUUCUUCACUAGUUCCUUUUUUCUGUUGUAAAAUCAUAUCAAGAUUUUAAAAAACUAGAUUAAUUUAAAUAUGAAGCCCCUUGCACUGAUUUUUCUUAGGCCCCUGGCAUAUAUUUAGUUGUGUAACUGGGAUGCGACAAAUUCUAACCCCCAAAUUGCCAGAUAUGGAUGGCAGGAUGUAUGAUUCUUUUUGAAUUUGAGAUAAAAUUUGUAAGAUCCCAAUUUCAUGAGUGCUGGUAUGUGGGGAGCUUUGCAUCGGGGAUCCACUUUGCAUGUCUAGCCUUUCAAAGGGUACUGUAGGAAGUGUGGCAUCAGGGACCAGGUUCCAUGUGCACUGGCACAUUUAAAGUCCUGCAGUGUAGCCCAUGUGCCGUGGGUUUACAGGUGCUGGUGCAGAGGGAGUUGAUUGGCUCCUCAUACCCCAGUAUUUGAAAACCUCUGCUGGACAGUCCCACAUAUAGACUUGAACACAAGGGCUUGAAACACGUUAGUGCAGGGGAGUCCCCUGGCUUCCCCCCCAUGUCAGCACCUUUUAAAAGCCAUGCUGUGUAGCCUGCAUGCCGGGAUGCACGCUGAGGCUGGAAAUGUGCUGGUAAAUUGGGAGUCUAUUGACUCUCUGUGCUCUGACAUCCUUAAGUAACCUGUUGUGCAGCUUUAUAUAUGGGGUUGCAUAGCAAGGCCUAACAUGCCACCCACUAAAAUUAAAACAUUGCACAAACUAGCCACAAAGAUGUCCCAUAUUAAAUGGGGAACAUUUUUGUGGAUGGUGUGCCAUCUCAUAAUACGUUAAUUGGCUGAAUGUGUGGCUUGAUACAAUUUAUCAUGGGAUUGACGCAGUUGCACAACAAAUAUAAUGUCUGGCAGGGGCCUGAGACUUAAUUUCCAAAACAAUCCUUUCUUUCUAGAUUUGGCUAAGCAUUUGCCAAAGGAAAUA